UUUAAACAGCUGAUCUGUCAUUUCAUCUUGACAUAUUAUUUAAAAAACCAUUCUGAAGAUUCCUAAAAGUUUUAUUCAUUUUGAAUUCUAAUACUUUUUGUGAUAUUUCAAUACGAGAUUAUGACUUUUCCAAACGUGUCUUAUAGUUAUUGAAAGCAUGAACGUGUCAUGAUACCUUCUGGAAAAAUCAAGACAGUAAGUUAAGAUGCCCGGAAACACACCUCCAGCCUUUGAAGUGGUCUCUCCACCUUCUGAAAUAACUCCUCCAACAUUUGAACCACGUCAUACAGGUUCUGAAGUACCUAUUUCUGGAAAUAACAUGACCGAGGAAGCUUCACCUGCAGCUGCUAGUGAAGCAGCUUCAACUGAGAGUGAAAGAGCUUUGUCCACUAUUGCAGAAAGCGCAACUCCUAUUGAAGAAACUGCACCUGUUAUUGAAGGAACUGCUCUUGGUGUUGAAGAGACUGCACCUACCAUUCAACUACCAGCUAUUGAAGUCACUCAGAACACUCAACGGCAUGGCCCCUUUCCAAUGCCUAAUAGAAUAAGAAACAAUAACCAUAUUCCACUGUUCAGUCUAAGAAAUAGACUGUUCCACACUUUAUUUUAUAGAUCUGCUUUGGCUUAUGCAAGAAUUGUACCCAGACCAUUUCGCCGAUUUCUAGAAUUUGUUAUACUUCUUAAAGCAAUAGCUGCCUUUUUCGUAUUAGUGUAUAUACACAUAUCUUUUUCUCGAACACCAUCUACAUGUUUGGCUCAUGUCAAAGAUUCAUGGCCUAGAGAUGGAAUAUUAAGAGUAGAAAUUGUGAGGAAUGCUGGAAACAAUUACAACAUCGAACAAAGUUAUGCCAAAGAGGAGAAACUGAAACAGGGAAAAGCAGAAGAUUUUGUACAUGUUAUUGGUUUACUAGCCAGGGAAGGAUUUAUGUACAUAGAACCGACAGCAGUGGAGGAAACUACAAAGGAAACCCAACCACUUGAUCCAGAUAUACAGAGCCAAAUCAGUGACAGUAAAUCACAAGUGAUUACUGAUAAAGAUAUGGCAGAAGAUUCAUUGCUAAAUGUUUCUGGAAUAUCACCAACUGUGUGGAGAGAUUAUGAUAUGCUGACUGCCUUCCCUUUGACAAUUUCUGAAAAGCCAGAGUUUCUAGAUAACAUUAUUGAUAGAACCGUUCAUAAGGCAGCUAACUCAACAAAAAUAUUGGACAAUGAUCUACACAAAGGAGAAAUUUCUGAGACUGUUGAAUCAAAAGUAUAUCCAGAAGACGAAUAUAUUGUGGAAUUUUCUCUUGAAUUUGGAUUCCUUCGACUCAGUCCGUCUACAAGAGCUAGGCUGAAAAUUCCCGUGGAAAUUGUCACACUCGAUCCGGAUAAAGACCCAUGCUUUGGUGAUGCAUUCAGCAGACUGAUAUUAGCCGAGUUCUUGGGUUAUGAUGAUUUGCUGUUAGCUUCUAUCAAAACUUUAGCUGAGCAGGAGGAUAACAAAGGAUAUUUAAGGUUGGAGUCAAAUGGUGAGGACAACGGAACUCUCAGAGAACAGGGCCAUUGAAUCUGGUGUACCACA